AGUGAUAACCAAGUCACUAGAACGUUUCAUUUUUAAUAAGCAAACUAACUUUUAGAACAUUAUAGUUACAGCCGACUGCAAAGAUGAAGGUUACUCGAUCGAUUUUCAUGUUCGUUGUGUUCAUGUUAUGUGAUGAACACAAUGGAUGUACCUCGACGAUGUUUAAAAAGAUUGAUUUUAUAUACGACAAAAUGGAUAUGACCGCGAACGACAUCGACUGGUUAUUAGGAAACAUCGAUACAAUUAUCAAUAAGCUAUCCAAUGAUUGGAUGAAUUUAGUUGUAUGUAGCACAUUCUACACCAGCUAUCACCCAAACAAUGGCGAACCACUGAAUUCUACAUCUUUGAGAAACAAUCUAAAAAUCACAGUUCAGGCAACAUUGGAAACUCUGCUCCAGCAAUUACGUGUAGCUCCUUCAUAUUCGGUGAUUUUCGUCAUAACAAAUGCUACUAAACCAAGCAAUGCGGCUCCAAUCGACUUAAUUUUGGAAGAGAUACAAAAUAAACGAAUACAAGUCAACUUUCUCAUCGGAAAGGAGAUUUCAAUUUCAGACAACGAUUCGCUCCAAGAAUACAAAUUAAUUGCUUCUAUAAGCAACGGAUUUAUAAAAGGCCGAGAAAUAUUUCAAUUCGAUAAGUUUACAGAGGCGAUAUAUCUGAGAUUAACUUAUCAACCUCAAGAAAUUCGUACUUUUUCACUUCAAAAAAUCAACAGUGAUGUAUCAUUUUGCACGCACGCAGAUCCAUUUCUUGGCAGUGCUUUAAACGACUUGAAAUGGAGCAAUUGCAGUGCAAAGGAGUGCGAAAGAGUCCCAGGAAAUCCUUGGCGAAGUAUAAUGACGAACUUGAUUGAAAAGGGGGAUGAAGUGACGAACUACGAGUCGUUUGAAGAAACUCUUGCCAAGACAUGCUCUUUUAAAAAACCAGUAGUUUCAACGUGGUUUCAUUAUAUAGGAUUUACUAGAAGUGAUUACGACUUUGAUUACGGGUUCACCAUUGAAGACGUUGUUUCCUUGGAUGACACAUAUCGAAAACCAAUAAACGGAAUGAGAAACAAAAUCUACGUUUCAUUGACGGACAAAAAUUUCGAACACGGAGUUGAUCAUUUUAAGAUUCUCUUUCUGAAUGAAACUCAAUUUGGAGAAAACAUUGCAGUGAAACAGAUACUGGGAACCGAUUUAUUUGUAGGAUCAUUUGAUCCACCAAAGAAGGAAUAUUUUUACGUUGAAGUAACGAGUUACGUAAACAAUGAAACAACUGUUUCUCGAAUUUCAUCGACUGCUGUGAAUGCUGCAGAAGGGUUCGGAGACGAUCAUGACAAUCGAAUAUUUGAACAUCGACCAAUAUUUAAAAGGCAACCAGUAUCAUCAAAAUCAUACGACAACUAUGACGCAUAUUACUUCUUCAUAGGCGUGCUGUUAGUCUUAUUGGUGUUUAUCAAAUGUCGUCAUUGGUACAAACAGGGUGAAAACCCACAUCAAGGAUUAAAAGUCGAUAAGGAUCGUUAUCGAACGGUAUCAACCGUCAAUCGUGUCUAGUGGAUUUCCAGAGAGCUUAAGAUAUAGCACCAUAAAUUAUAUUGAUACGUCGAAUUUUCUUUUCAACACUGAUUUAGGUAUAUACCUACAUAACUUACUCGUAAUUGUUGGAUAUUCAAAAUUUACCAUUUUUCAGCACACGUUUGGCAGCACUUUUUAAAACACGAUUUCCCACUAUUAAUUUUUUUUAGGUUCUAUAAUUAAUUUUUUCAAAGUUUAAAUUGUUGCAAGAUUUCUCUGAAAAAUUAGGUACACUUUUGGUUACCUACAUACAAAUUUUAAAUUUUAAAAUUCUUUUUAAAAAUUUCAACGAAAACAUUGCAGAAAAAUGAUUUUUUUUCAAUUUUAUCACAGCCAUUCAAUUUUUUUCAAGUUUCACAGUUUUUUUCGAAGUUGAAUUGUCCCAAGAUUGUUGUUAAAAGUAAAUUGAAAUUUCGAGAAUUUUUGGUUGCAUAAAGUUCUCUACUAUAAAAAUUUUUCGACUUAUUUUCACUUUCAUCUCCUUUUUUGAAUAGGUGCCUAGAUAAUAUUUUUUGUACAAAACGUUCAACCUUUUGUGAAUGAUUACCUAUAUGUAACAUUAUAAGUUGUGCCUACGUAAUUGUUUUUUAUACU